AUGAAAACUGAAUCAAUUACUGAAACAUUAGCUCAAAUUUAUUAUUUUUAUGUAAAUUUACUAUCAACAAUAAUGACAAAUGAAAUAGUUGAACUUCAAUCUGUUAUUAAUGUUCACAUUUUGUAUAGGUCAUGUAUUGAUGAAUCAAAGAUUGAAAUAGAAGAAAUUGAUUCUGUCUUAUCAUUAAUCAAUAAUAAACUUGAUGGUUGCCCUAUAUUACAAGGUUCAACAUGGAAUAGUUCAACAUUUAGUUUAACAAAUCUAUUACUUAAACUUCAUCAGGACAAUUAUAAUAUUAUCUUUAGUCAAGGUGCUCGUGGAUUAUCACAGCGUCAAUAUUAUUAUUAUUGGACUUCUGAUGGACAACGAGCUCGAGACAAUGAAAUGAUUCGAACAACAAUUUAUGAUAUUUCUCAUACAUUAAAUCUAGUAUAA